CAAGUCGACGAAUAAGUUUCAAGCUCAAAGCAACUACCUGUCAUCUUCCGACUCCUGCUCCAGGCAUCCCAACCUCCAAUGCCCUCCUCCUCACUUCCCACAAAGCAGAAAUAACAAGGAAUGUCAACGAUCGCUAUCUAGCGGUUCCCUUGGAAAAUGGAAAGAAGGUACCGCUAGCGAAAAAAGCCCGUGAUAAGUUCACUCUAGGCACCAGUGUCAUGGAUUGAACCUCGAAAUUUCGUUCGCGGCGGAGAUUUUAAGGUCUCCAGAAAAUGGCGCUAGUGGAUCGAUUAUGUAAACGGGACUGGAAAUAUUUUAGGAGAGACGAGUUUGGUGACAGAGGAACGGCAAAUCAAAUUGGAACAGAUUUGGCAACAUGACGGCUAGUAGUAGAGGGACCAGAGCUGCUGCGAGCAUCAUCCGCUCCUCCAAACGUCCCAAUCUCCUCGUCUGCUCAGAAUGCAUCUCCAACCGCACCUACGCCCUCGCAGCAACAGCAUUAAGAACCUCCUCUCCCACCCCCGACUCCGAGCUUCACCACCUCCGUAACAUCCCCCCAGUCUCAACCUCUCCCGAAUCCGCACACUACAGAACCAAAGCCGGCAUCCUCCUUUCCCGUCCGCCCAUCCUCACAGCUCCGCAGACCUCGUUCGAAAAAGCGUAUUUCUUCUACCAGAAACGGCUUAAUGAACGCCUCGCUAUGCCGUUUACUCGAUACUUCUAUUUUAAGAAAGAUACGCCCGCGGACACGGACUGGAAGAUCAAAGCCAGGGAGCGGAACGGGGUUGCGGCCAGGGAACUAGGUGGAUAUGAUGCGUACGGGGAGUAUGGAUGGAAUGACGAGAUCCUGGUGCAGGAGAAGGAGAUGGUGGAGCCGCGGUACGUGGCGGAGAGUCUGGUGAGGGAUAGUAUUGUGAGGGCGGUGGAGGGCAAGGAUGGUGCGGCGGUGGAGGUUAAGGAGGGGGAGGUAGGUGAGGAGGGGAGGAUUGAGAGGCCCUUGGGGAGAUUCACGGAUGCGGAUCGGACGAGGGAUGUGAGGAGGUUGGAUCGGGCGUUGGCGAGGACGUUGUAUUUGCUUGUUAAGAGGAAGGAGGGUGGAUGGGGGUUUCCGAGCGGGGAGUUGGCUGGGAGGGAGAACUUGCAUCAGGCAGCUGAACGUAUUCUGGUCCAGACCGCGGGGCUUAAUAUGAAUACUUGGAUCGUGGGCCAUGUUCCAAUCGGACACCAUAUCAUCAAACCACGCUAUACAUCCGAUUCCGCGCUGGAGAAACAAGGCGAGAAGACUUUCUUUAUGAAAGGACGGAUAAUGGCCGGACAGGCGGACUUGAAGGAUAAUCUCUUUGGAUUGGAGGAUUUCAAGUGGUUGACGAAGCAAGAGGUCCAAAAGCAUGUGGGGCUCAAAUAUUACAGCUAUGUAAAGAACAUGAUGGCGGAUAGGUGAUUAGGUGGAUAAGGUGUUGUGUAUACUAUGGGAUGGGGAUAUGCAUUGUAUUGUAUGUAGAAUGUAUCAACUCAAGGAUCGAGCUCCUAUGGCGAGGUCUUUCUGGUAUUUGUAUCGAC